CAAAUACAAACAUCCCUUCUCAAUCAUCUGAAGGGGACCGGAAACCGGUUUGUCUGGCUCUGCGGGUCUCCGGGCACCGGGAAGACGGCGGUAUGUAUGAGCAUCGCAUCGAUGCUUGAGAUGGAAGAGAAGUUUCCUUCUACACUGGCACGUCAACUUGCGAUCUUUAAUGGAGACUUCAAGGUCUCGCUCGUCAAACGUCUUCGAGAGCCGAAUUCGGAGAUGGUUCUGAGUCUCCCUCUGGAGAAGCAAAUGAGGACUUUGAUUCUUGAGCCGAUGAAUGGUCUCAAGGGCAUAUUGUCUGCAAGCGAGAAACGUUUUACCAUCAUCUUGGAUGGUUUAGAUGAAUGUGGGGAUUCAGAGACACUUGGGACUCUGAUGAACCUCGUGCUUGCGCUUGACGAGUUGCCAUCAGCAUUUUCCAUACUGGGCUUUGUCAUCCCAUGUGAAGACAUGGAUAAGGUUGCACGAGACGAGACUUUUGACACGAUCCGGCUUAUGGUAACGGAUGGGCUUAAGGACUGCAUCAGAAAGUCACAGUGGAAACCAUUGAUGGACGAUCUUGAUGCCUUCACUCUGGCUUGCCGUGGUUUGCCUGUCAUGGCCUCGAUCCGGAUACGGGAAGUUCGGUUUCGGACUCAAGGGGGUUCUGUGCUCAAAUUAGAGUUUCGAUACUUCCUUGACCUCCAAGAUGCGCCCAAGGAUCUCAAUGAGGAGUACUUGCGAAUAAUGCGGCGAGCCUUUAGGCCCAACAUGGCAAGCAUCCCUUCACAUGUAGUGAAUAAUUAUCGCCAAGUAGUUGGGAUGGUCGUUGUUGCGCAUGAUCCACUCAGUGUUUACAGCAUGUCGCGUCUCUUGGGAAUUGCGGAGGAUGAGAUCUAUGCGAUACUGAAUCCUAUUGGUUCGAUCAUUGACAUCCCCUCAAACAAUAUGAAUGUCAAAUUCUAUCAUGCGACGGCAAAGGAAUUUAUCACGGGAGACCCCAUUGGCGAGGAAGA